GCGCCCAGGCCGGUGUGGCGGGCAGGAAAUGCGGGUGCGCGCCUGCGCAUAGCUCGGGUCGGAGGAGUCACAGCUUUCGUUUCUGCUUGAGUAAUCAAGUGAAAAAGAUGAGCUUCAUCUGUGGAUUGCAGUCUGCUGCUAGAAACCAUGUUUUCUUCCGAUUUAAUUCACUGUCUAACUGGAGAAAAUGUAACACAUUAGCAUCAACCACACAGGGCUGUCAUCAAGUACAAGUUAACCAUAUAGUAAAUAAGUAUCAGGGACUGGGAGUAGAUCAGUGUGAUAGGUGGACUUUUCUACCUGGAAACUUUCAUUUUUAUAGGACUUUUAACAACAAAAGAACAGGAUGCCUCUCAAGUACCAAAAAUAAGGAAAUUUGGAUGAUUACCAGCAAAUGUACUGCAAGGAAUGACUCUUUUUCAAGACGGCUACUAAUAAAAGAAGUUACAGCAGUUCCUAAUCUGUCAGUAUUGCAUUCUCUAAGCCCUUCUCCUGUAAGAGCUAUUAGGAAUUUCCACACUUCUCCACGGUUUCAAGCUGCUCCGGUUCCUCUCUUGUUGAUGAUUCUUAAACCAGUGCAGAAGUUAUUUGCAAUCAUUGUAGGCAGGGGCAUAAGGAAAUGGUGGCAGGCACUUCCUCCUAACAAGAAGGAACUAUUUAAACAAAGUAUAAGGAAGAAUAAAUGGAAGCUAUUCCUUGGUUUGAGUAGUUGUGGAUUGCUCUUUGUGGUGUUUUAUUUUACUCACCUGGAAGUAAGUCCAGUCACAGGAAGGAGCAAGCUACUAUUACUGGGAAAAGAGCAGUUCAGACUUUUAUCAGAACUGGAAUAUGAAGCAUACAUGGAAGAAUUUAAAAAUGAUAUGCUAACUGAGAAAGAUGCCCGAUACCUGGCUGUUAAAGAAGUGCUUUGUCGUCUAAUUGAAUGCAAUAAAGAUGUUCCAGGGAUUUCUCAGAUCAAUUGGAUUAUUCAUGUGGUUGAUUCCCCAAUUAUUAAUGCCUUUGUGCUUCCAAAUGGACAAAUGUUUGUUUUCAGUGGAUUGUUAAAUAGUGUAACCGAUAUUGAUCAACUUUCUUUCCUUCUGGGCCAUGAAAUAGCACAUGCCGUACUUGGACAUGCUGCAGAAAAGGCUGGCAUGGUUCAUUUUUUGGAUUUCCUAGGUAUGAUUUUCCUCACAAUGAUUUGGGCCAUUUGUCCUCGAGAUAGUUUGGCACUUUUGGGCCAGUGGAUACAGUCUAAAUUACAGGAGUAUAUGUUUCAUAGACCAUACAGCAGAAAAUUGGAGGCUGAAGCUGACAAAAUUGGACUACUGCUUGCUGCAAAGGCUUGUGUAGACAUAAGAGCCAGUUCAGUGUUUUGGCAGCAAAUGGAGUUUGUCGAUAGCCUGCACGGCCUACCCAAGAUGCCAGAAUGGUCAUCUACACACCCUUCUCAUGGCAAUCGAGUUGAACAUCUGGAUAGACUUAUACCUCAGGCUCUCAAAAUUAGAGAGAUGUGUAAUUGCCCACCACUGUCUAAACCAGACCCUCGAUUACUAUUCAAACUCAGCAUGGAGCAUUUUCUUGAAGAAUCAGAGAAAGAAGACCUAAAUAUCACAAAGAAACAGAAAAUGGAUACUCUUCCUGUUCAAAAACAGGAGCAAAUACCAUUAACAUACGUAGUUGAGAAAAGAACUGGCAGUUGAAUUAAAAUUUAUGAGACACAAGAUAUAUGAAGAAUGUUGCAGUCCUUAUCAUUUUAUGUUACUUUUUAAAAAAUGAUGUUUGAAGUGAAAAAAAAAGGAUAGUCAGGGUCAAAUCAUGUAUAUUACAGAUAUUAUCUAAAUUCUUCUAGAAUUUAUUUUUCAUGAAAUAUUGAUAUAUUUUAAUCUAUGUUAAAAUAUCUUGAAUGAGGAAAAUGUCACAGAAUAAAUUUAUAUUACACAUUUUA